UAACUUGGGUCGGUUGAGCCAUUUUACAAGACGUUAAUACUGCAAAUACUAGCAAUUUCUAAUCCAGAUUAUUUUCUCAACUUCGAAAUCACGCCGGUGCAUGCAAACAGUAAGACCACGCCCCCUCUCACAACAGCCGCCCAAUAUAGUUCUACGAGCCAACCCCUUGCUAUUUGGACAAUCAUAAGAUUGGCGGUAGCCCUGUCCAAAUUGUCAUAAUGUUCUCGACGGAAUCGUUGUAGGGCCCCAUUAGUAACUAUGAAGUUUGACAACGUCGUUCUGUGUACUGCCUGAUUAUUAGACAUUUUCAUGUUGGUGCCAAAUUCUGGAAGCAGAGAGACCAGCUAGUGAAGAUGACACCAGGAGAGAAUCCUCACCUGCUCCUGGGCAGAAUUCGGUUCUUACUGGAGUGUAUUGAAUGUUUUAGGGAAACCAAGACCCUCCCUGAAGCUCUCAGCUAUGUGCCAAAGGAUGUCUACUACAAGCUGUGCAAAGAUUCUUCAUCUUCCACUGUCUCAGCAGGAAAAAAUCUUAUUCCGGUCUGGGAAUCCCCAUCCCAGUCCAAACAGAGCAAGAAACUCUUUAAGUUUAAUAUUGAGGCCAAGAAGGGUACCUGCAUUCGUGCCACAGGGGAAGAAUACUGGAACAGCUAUGGGUUAUGGGUUCGAAUGAACAAAGAACAGCUAGAAGAAUAUAAAGCUGGUUGUGAACUAGAGGAAGGCUGGAUAUUGAUGUGUAAACAUGCAGAUGGUGGUGACAGAUUGGUACCAGUGGAAUCACCAGAUCGAACACAGAAGCAACAGUUGCUUUAUGGUUAUGAUUAUAAACCAUUUACCAGGUGGGAACAAGUGGUUGAUGCAACAUACUCACAUUUUCUUGGACCAAAGAUGAAAAUUGCAGAGCCGGAUGAGGCAGCUGUUACAAGGCUCAGGUACAUACCUCCAACGUGGACUUAUGAGUGUGAUGAAGAUUUGGUCCAUUGUUUCUGUAACCCAACUGGGAAGGAGGCAGAGGAUUUGGGCAGUGCCAAGCAGUAUGUGGACAACAUCGAAGUCUCCUCAUAUAUGCAGGAGGAUUCCAGUGCGUGGUGCCUGACAGAUGGAUUUGCUGAAACCUAUUGGGAAAGUGAUGGCUCUCAGGGCCUGCACUGGAUACGUCUGCACAUGAGAAAGUCUAUAAUUGUCAAAAAACUUAGUCUGACUCUGGAUCCCACUGAUGACACAUACUUGCCAAAGAAGGUAGCGGUUUAUGGAGGAGAAAGAGACAACCUGAAGUUGCUCAAUGAAGUUAACAUCGAUGAGACUAUGGUUGGAGAGGUCUGUGUGCUAGAAGAGAUGACUGUUUAUAUGCCUGUAAUAGAAAUUCGAAUUCUAGAAUGCAAAGAUGAAGGGAUUGAUGUUCGGAUCAGAGGGAUAAACAUUAAAUCAUCUAGAGAAUCAAACCUGGGGUUAAAUGUGGACAUGUUCCAGCCAAAUAACUUGAUACGGUAUCCGCGUCUUGAAGGAACAGACCCAGAUGUCUUAUACAGGCGGGCCCAGGUCAUCCAAAGGUUUGUGACUCUCUUGGAUAGUCUCCUGAACCACCUUGUACCUGCUUGGGAUUAUAGUGUUGGCACCUUUCUUCAGCUCAAGUUUAUCAAGCAGUUCCUUCUGCUGUCCAAACGGCGUUCAGCACUUAUCACUCAGUGUUUGAAGGACACAGAAAGUAACAGGCCAUACUUUAUGCCACGACUAUACAUCAACAGGAGGUUAGCUAUGGAACAUCGAGACAAUCCAUCCCUUGACCCCAGCUAUAAAAACACUGUCUUCUCUCAGGUUUACGAGGGCCUGAAGCCUUCAGACAAGCAUGAGAAAUCAUUAGAUUACCGGUGGCCAUUGCGUUAUGACCAGUGGUGGGAGUGCAAAUUCAUUGCAGAGGGCAUAAUAGAUCAAGGUGGAGGUUUUCGAGACAGCCUGGCAGAUAUAUCGGAGGAGUUGUGUCCUAGUUCAGCAGACUCUCCAGUACCAUUGCCAUUCUUCGUGAGAACAUCCAAUCAGGGUAAUGACACUGGAGAAGGAAGGGAUAUGUAUGUUCCAAAUCCAUCUUGUAAAGACUUUUCCAAAUAUGAAUGGAUUGGCCAGCUUAUGGGAGCUGCUUUCCGAGGGAAGGAAUUCUUGGUCCUGGCCCUGCCUGGUAUUGUGUGGAAACAGCUCACUGGAGAACCAGUCAACUGGAAAAAGGAUUUCCCUGCAGUGGAUUCCAUGCUUGUAAAGCUGCUGGAAGCAUUGGAGGAUAUGGAUAAGGAAACAUUUGAGUUUAAGUUUGCUGGAGAGCUCAUGUACACAACAGUGCUUAGUGAUCAGCAGGUGAUGGAUCUGAUUCCAGGGGGUAGUCAGAGCCCUGUCAAGUAUGAAGACAGGAAGGAGUUCAUUCAACUUGCAAAGAAAGCAAGGCUAGAUGAAAGCAAGAAACAGAUUGCAGCAAUGCAGGCUGGGUUAGUCAAGGUGGUUCCACAAGCCAUCCUGGAUCUGCUCACUUGGCAGGAACUGGAGAAGAAAGUUUGUGGGGAUCCUGAAAUCACAGUUGAGGCAUUAAAACGAUUAACACGAUAUGAAGACCUUGAACAGUCCGAUAGUCGUUUGCAGUACUUGUGGGAAGCCCUUACAAAUUUCACCAACGAGGAUCGUAGUCGUUUCUUAAGGUUUGUCAGUGGCAGAAGUCGACUUCCUGCACCUAUAUUUGUCUGCCCAGAUAAAUCAGGUGUUGAAUGUACAGAUGCACUUCCAGAAUCUUCUACAUGUUCUAGCACUCUUUUCCUUCCAAAUUAUCCAAGUGCAAAGAUAUGUGAAGAGAAGUUGCGUUAUGCAGCCUAUAAUUGCGUGGCAAUUGACACAGACAUGAGCCCAUGGGAGGAGUAAUGACAGAGAGACUUCAGAAGAUUAGAAAUUGCUGUCUUUGUUGCCAUCACUGUCUUCUGCUUCUUUUUAAACAGCAGACCAGAUACGGAAGAUCAUUUUCUUCUGUGGACGUUUUCAUCACAUUUCAUUUCAUAUUUUAUCAGUGUUCUUUGGAGGCAAAGUUAGUGGAUGUACAUAAUAAAUCUGUUUCUCCUAGA